AUGUCAUACAUCGACCACGCCGCUCGCCUGCCCACAUAUCCCUAUUCCCCACCGUUGCCCGGCGCUGCAUACUUUGAACCUCUGCUGCAUUGUCUUCCCUCUCACACCGAAAUCCGCUCCCACGCACUGGGCGCGCCCCGCUCUGCGCUGCUGGAAGAGUUCCGUGCAACACCGUGGCAGCAGUGGGCCGUCGCGGACUUGCAGGGGCACCUUGCAGAGUUCAGCACGGACCAGCAGGGCAGCCGCUUCAUACAGGAACGGCUCGCCAGCUCGGACGCCACGGCAGCGGAUGAGCGCCAGCUAAUCUUCCGCGAGCUCAUCGGCGGCAUCCGCGCGAUGAUGGAGGAUGUCUUUGGAAACUAUGUCGUGCAAAAGCUGAUCGAAUUCGGCACGCUUGAGCAGCGUACGGCGGUGAUCGACGCGCUGCAGGACAAUAUUGCCGAGCUUUCUCAGCACAUGUACGGCUGCAGGGUGGUGCAGAAAGCGCUCGAGUACAUCGAUGAGGAGAGGACGGUCGCCUUUGCAUCCGAGCUCAAGGAGAGCGUCGGCAAGUGCCUCAAGGACCAGAGCGCGAAUCACGUCCUGCAAAAGCUACUCGAAUCCAUCGGCCCCUGUGCCGGCAUUGACUUCAUAGCGCGAGAGUUCAGGGGCAACGUCCCGCGGCUAGCCGUGAACUGCUACUCUUGUCGCGUCCUACAACGGGUGCUCGAGAACUGCACUGAGGAGCAAACAAGGCCGUUGCUCGAGGAGGUGCACGAGAACUUGACGGACCUGAUGCAGGAUCAGUUCGGAAACUACGUCAUCUCCUGGAUGCUGCAAUCAGCGCGCAAGAGGGACAGCGAGCGCGUUAUUGAAAGUAUCAAAGGCCAUUUUGUCGCGCUCUCAAAGCACAAGUUCGCAUCCAACGUCCUCGAGGUCGUCGUUGCUGUUGCGAGAGCGAUAACGCCCUCGCUUCCGCCAGAUGCUGCGAAAGGAGCAUACUUCCAGGAUUUUCUCGCGGAAGUGCUUGAAGGAGCGCCAGCGGCUGCAGAUCCAAAUGGAAAUGACACCACCACCACUGUCGGUGCGGUGCAGAUGAUGAACCACUCCUAUGCAAACUAUGUCUUACAGGGUAUGAUCAAGCUUGCUGGGAACGAAGACAAGAAGAAGAUCGCAGACGCUAUUCGGCCGGAGCUCGCACGGUUGCGGCGCCAGCCCAGCGGGCACGCAAAGCAUCUCAUAGCGAUCGAGAAGAUUAUGGAUGGGCUGGGAGCAUAG